AUGGACAGCGUUCCUCUCGUGCGUUUUGCGUCGUCGCUGCGCAAACACAGCUCGAAAACGACUUCAGACAGCACUUUGGGCCAUGACACUUUUGUGAUGUACACCGUACCGGCCCCUGUUUUCUUGAAGAUGACAGAAGUCAAGAUGCACGAGGAGCUGGCAGACGCAGGUGUGCUCACAGAGUUCGAUGAGAGCAUGGGAAGGGCAAUGUUCGUGUCGCACCAGUGGUUGAGUGACUUGCACCCUGAUCCAGACUUUCAGCAGCUGAAAGUCUUGCAAGAUGCCCUCAAGAACAUUGUUGCUGGAACCAGCAAAAUAGAUCUACCUAUCAUUACAGAAAUCCUGAAUGGUCGCAGAAGAUGCCCUACUGCCGAUGACUUCGCAUCCGACCAUCUUCAUGUUUGGUACGAUUACUUCAGCAUCCCGCAGCGCAGCAGUGACUUUGCAUCCAGGCACCGCCAGAGCGCUAUCCAAAGCAUCCCGGCCUAUGUGGCAAGAUGCGAGUUCUUCGUCGUGCUGUGCCCGGCUUUCACACACAGAGACCAGCAGCGAACUCUGAGCCAUUCAACCUGGGGCGAAAGGGGGUGGUGUCGCACAGAGAGAGUUGCACGCGAACUCUCAACUCGAAAGGGUGGGUACGUCGUCAUUGUGGAGAGCGCGACGCACCAGACGCUGAUGUGGGCAGGGAACAGGAUGAGUGAUGCACCGGGAGAAGGAGAGUUUACAUUGGACGUUGACAGAGUCGGUAUCGGUCGUAUGGUCACCCAGAUGGUCUGGUCCAAGCUUUUCCAUUACCUCGAGCAUCGAGAGUUUCACAACUACCGCUUCCUUCUCAACUCGCAAGUUGCGCUGUAUUUCCGAGCUCUUGACGCGGAGCCCAUCGACGGACUCGUUCCCGGAUUCCGCACUCAGACCGAUCCGAGUGUUGACCCUCGGGAGUUUAUGCUGCAUCGUUUCCUGCAUCAGAACGGCUUCAGGAACAUCUUCGAGCGGGAUGCUGCAGGGUGGCCACCCAUUUGCUUCGCAGCGAUGAGCAACAACAUCGUGGUGCUGCAAGCACUUCUUGAUCGAAAGGUGGAUAUCAACCAGGCCACGACCAAACCCAAAGCAGAGGUCAAUCUUCCCGCCAAAAUGACGGCUCUCGGAAUGGCUUCCUUUUUUCGGAACAAUGAAGCUGUCGAGCUUCUCCUGUCCGCAAGAGCCCAGGUGAACUACAAGGAUGGUUUCGGGGGCAAUGCUCUCCAUGUGGCGUGUGCAGGGGAUAACCCUCUCGGAGUACGUCUACUAUGCCGUGCUCGUGCCGACAUCAAUCAAGAGAGCAUGCCGGGGCUGAACCCUUUCAUGGUCUCCUGUGCAUGUGGAAGCGGGCAUGCAAUGAAGGAGAUGCUUGCAUUGAAUCCUGGUCUGAGUUUGCGACACUGCCUACACAUCGCACUCAUGUUCGCUGGAGGUGGCUCUACCGACUUGGUUUCGGUUUUGCUUGAGGCUCGGGCGAACGUGAAUGAACAGUUCCGGGUACAGAUCCGGGAGCCCGGAUGGUGGCUUCUAAUGAAUGUCAUGGGUUUGAGGCAUCGGGUAAAUCCGUCCAGACUGACAUUGUUGGCAUACCAUCAUUACGAUGCCACUCCGCUGAUGUUCAGCAUUCUGAGUGGUUCUCUGGAUUAUGUAUUCUCCCUGCUCUCAGCUGGAGCACGAGUAGACAUCCGGAACUACCGCGCGAAAACAGCGUCCGAAUUGGCCCGCCAGAUGCUCGCGCCUUCCUGGUUGAUUGAGGCCUGCUCUACGGAAAGCCAGCGGGACUCUGAGAGCAUGUCCGAGAGUGACACUUUCUUCAUCUGA